AUGAAGCUGUCUUUAACUAUCCUGUCCCUUGUUGCCUUGGGAUCCACCCUUCCUGUUCAACAGGCAAAGACUGAGUCAAAUGAGCGUCGGGGGUGGUUUAGCACGUCUGAGAGAAUAGGCGGCAUUGAGUCCCAUGAACAUGGACGUCGGGGUUGGUUUACCACAGUUUACGACAAAUCCGGUCGCCCGAUUGCCAAGAAAUUCCUCAAGAUCUGA